CCCCUCCAAUCAUGUGAUAGUCCUGCCCGAGGGAUUUAAGCUGCUGGAGCUGCGCGCUGCGUUACUCCGGCUUGUGGAGAAGGGGCUCGGGGGUGUCCUGCCUGGUGGGGCUGGUGUCUGCAGCAUGGAGCAAGGACUGGUCAUUACUCAGCUGGACAUCGAGCCUGGUGAGUGCAUCAAGGUCAAAGGGAAGAUCAAGUCUGAUGCCAAAGGGUUUGCUGUGAACGUUGGGAAGGACAGCAACACCCUCAUGCUGCAUUUCAACCCUCGCUUUGACUGUCAUGGGGACAUCAACACCAUCGUGUGCAAUUCCAAGGAGGAUGGCACGUGGGGUGAGGAGGACAGGAAGGCUGACUUUCCCUUCCAGCAUGGUGACAAGAUUGAGAUGUGCAUCUCCUUCGAUCAAACUGAGGCCACGGUGAAGCUGCCUGAGGCGGAGUUCAAGUUCCCUAAUCGGCUGGGCAUGGAGAAAAUUCAAUACCUGGCUGUGGAGGGUGACUUCAAAGUCAAAGCCAUUAAGUUCAGCUAACAGUUGAAGCUUGGUUUGUUUUGUUUUCUGCCCCACGCGUAGUGAAAUAAACCCGAACUUGCAAUGGC